AUGGGAGAUUCAACCAUAAAGACGAUCGUCGUUGUUGGCGCCACAGGAAACCAGGGAGGCUCGGUUGCACGUACCUUUCUUAAACUUCCUCACUGGAAGGUUCGCGUUACCACUCGCAAUCCUUCAUCACCAGCUGCUCAAGCCCUGAAAGUGCUCGGUGCUGAAGUCGUGCAGGCAGAUCUGUCCAACCCCGAUACCUUGGCAAGAGCAUUUGAUAAUGCACAUGCCAUCUUUCUCAAUACAGAUUUCUGGGUGACCUACCGUGCUCUCGCCGCCACUGUUAUGGCUCAAGAAGUAUGCCCAUCAGACGAAGAGAAGCCUGAUCCCAGUAGAGUGGCGUAUCAAACGGAGAUUUCUCAUGGCAAAAACGCUGCCGAAUGUGCAGCCAAGGUCCCAACAUUGGAGCGUCUUGUCUAUUCCGCGCUCCCAGCAACAAGAAAGCUGACCGGCGCAAAGUAUCAGAGCAAUCAUGCGGAUUCUAAAGGUGCUGUGGUCGAUUAUAUCGAGACGGAACUGCCUCACUUGGCCCGAAAAACAUCGUUCAUUUACCUCGGUGCGUACAAUACAAAUCCGUUGCUUUCGCCCAGAUUGGAUCUAUCGGACGGCAGAUACAGGUACUUCCUACCGCUGAGCAAAGCCGCCAGAAUGCCAAUUAUCAACGUGAAAGAAUCGACGGGCCCGUUUGUCAGAGCUUUGAUUGAAGACGAAGCACCAGGUACCAAGUUAUUGGCAUAUGACAACAACAGCUACCUGGCGUACGGAGAGAUCUGUGAUAUCUGGUCGAGAGCGAGUGGCCAAGAAGCGGAUUUCAAGACGGUCACUGUCCAAUUCUUACACGAAACAAUGAAAAUACCAAUGGAGUUCAUAUCGUCUCUGCCGGCCCUUGAGGAGUAUGGCUACACGGGUUCAAUGAGGGUCAUUCAACCGGGUGAUCUGAAGACUGAUGUAAGAACAAAGUCUUGGGAGGAAUGGAUGAUGGAGAGAGACCGCACAGCAAUCCUCGAAGCUUGA